AUGGAUUCGGGUGAACGUAACCUCACUCCGGAUCGACCCGCUGGUGCUAGUGGAACCAUCAACGGUCUUCCCAUUGGACAGCAGCUCCAACCAGCCGGAAUGCAGCAGAAUUUUCUCCGUGCUACACAAUUCGGUCAGCAGCUACCGAAUCCGGGACUCGCAACGCAGUUCCUCGGGCAGCAGCAGCAGCAGUCUCGCAUGCAAGACUCCCCGGCGACCGAAGGCAUUUUUUCGCAGCAGUCAUCACCUCAUCAGCUCUCAGCAUCCGAUGCGCUCCUCACCCAGCUCCUCCAGCAGCAGCAGGCGUUCACAACACAAAUGUUGAACCAGCAGCAGGAGUUUAUGCGGCAGCAACAAGAGAUGUUUAUCCGCACAAUGUCAUCGAUAAACAUCCAGGUGCCAUCCAAUCCCGAAGUGAUACUCGAUUCACUUUCGCACCACAUAAGGGAGUUUCGAUACGAGCCAGACCAGAACAUCACUUUCGCGGCCUGGUAUGCGAGGUACAACGACCUCUUCGAGCAAGACGCUUCCCGGCUCGAUAGUGAAGCGAAAGUUCGUUUACUCCUCCGGAAGCUGGGUGCUGCUGAGCAUGAAAGGUAUGUAAACUUCAUACUACCCAGACAACCGAAAGAUUUCCUGUUUGAAGACACCGUAAGAAAGCUGGGGAUACUAUUUGGUGCCACGGAAUCCCUCAUCAGCAAGCGGUAUCGGUGCAUGCAGAUCGCAAAAAAGUCCACCGAAGAUUAUAUAACGUUUUCUUGCCGUGUAAACAAGAGUUGUGUCGAUUUUGAACUGGGAAAGUUGACUGAAGAGCAGUUCAAGUGUUUGUUAUUUGUUUGCGGCUUGAAAACGGAAUGUGAUGCUGAGGUGCGCACUAGACUGCUUGCGAAAAUCGAAGAUCGGAGCGACGUUACCCUGGAGCAACUAUCCGAGGAUUGCCAGCGGCUGUUGUGCUUGAAAAAAGACACAGCCAUGAUAGAAGGAACGUCCGGAUCAGCGGUGCAGUUUGUGAAGCGGAGUAAUCAUCGACAGCAGACUUCUCAAACACCUCCGAAGAGAACAGUGAAAUCAAAAAGUGUAAACAAAAACAUUCCCCCAUCCCCCUGUUGGAAGUGUGGUGCAAUGCACUACACUCGUGAGUGCCCUUACAAGGACCACAAGUGUAGUGAUUGCGGAAAAAGUGGACACCGAGAAGGUUAUUGUGCGACCUCAAAAAGUGAAAAGCCCUAUCGAAAACGAAAAACUAACACUUUUCGGGCAAGAACACUCAGUGUAAACACAGUGCAACGAAAGCGGCGUUUUGUGCAGGCGAAACUAAACAGUGCUGAAGUGAAACUCCAGUUAGACACUGGAUCCGACAUCAGUGUCGUGUCGAAGCGUGUGUGGGAGAAAAUCGGCAAGCCAUCCACCACCCCCGCACUAGAGAAAGCAUCUACUGCUUCUGGUGCCCCUCUCCAGCUCCUGUUUAAGUUUGACUGUGACGUCAGUGUCAAUGGUCAGCAUCGCCGUGGAACUUUCUACGUAGUCGACAAAGCGCUGAAUCUGCUCGGCAUCGAUCUGCUUGAUGCAUUACCAAACACAUCGUUGGAAUCACUGAAAGCAGCUUACCCGACCGUCUUCAGGAGUGCCUUAGGAUUGUGCAGUAAAACCAAAGUAAAGCUGGAACUGAAGCCCGAUGUCCAGCCAGCUUUCCGGCCCAAGCGCCCAGUGGCUUACGCAAUGCUAGGUACCGUCGACGAUGAGCUCGAUCGGCUUGAGCGCGCAGGCAUCAUUUCACCGGUUGAUUUCUCCAACUGGGCAGCUCCGAUCGUGGUCGUGCGGAAAUCCAACGGGUCGAUACGCAUUUGUGGAGACUACUCCACCGGGUUGAACGAAGCCUUGCAGCCCCACCAGUACCCGCUUCCGCUCCCUGAAGACAUUUUCACGAAACUGUCCAAUUGCACCGUCUUCAGCCAAAUCGAUCUUUCUGAUGCCUUUCUACAGGUCGAGGUUGAUGAGGAUAGCCGGAACCUGCUUACCAUCAACACGCAUCGCGGGUUAUACCGGUACAAUCGCCUCUCGCCUGGCAUUAAAAUAGCACCCGGAGCUUUUCAGCAGCUGAUUGACACCAUGACAGCUGGUCUCAGCUGCACUUCUGGGUACCUCGACGACGUUGUUGUCGGAGGCGAAACCGAAGAGGAACACCUAGCCAAUCUCGAAGCACUUUUCAAGCGGAUUCGCGACUUCGGAUUCACUUUGCGCCCGGAGAAAUGCACUUUCGUCCAGCCUCAAAUAAAAUACUUGGGGUACCUGCUAGAUCGCCAUGGUCUACGUCCAGAUCCAGCUAAAGUGCAAGCCAUCAACGAGAUGCCCGCUCCAGUUGACGUGUCCGGAGUCCGUUCGUUCCUCGGAGCCAUAAACUACUAUGGCAAGUUCGUGCCCAACAUGAGGACACUUCGGUUCCCGCUGGAUGAGCUCUUGAAAGCUGGAGCUAAGUUCAAUUGGACCCCUGCAUGCCAAGAAUCGUUCACCAAGUUCAAGGAGAUUCUCACUUCAAAUCUUCUGCUUACCCACUACAACCCGAGGCUCGACAUAGUCGUCUCGGCGGACGCUUCUUCAGUCGGAGUUGGGGCUACUAUUAGUCACCGAUUUCCGGACGGUUCUGUGAAAGUCAUCCAGCAUGCAGCCAGAGCGCUUACACCUGCGGAGAAAAACUACAGCCAGCCUGACAGAGAAGGAUUAGCCAUCAUUUUUGCCACGACUAAAUUCCACAAAAUGAUAUUUGGCCGCCACUUCCUCCUGAAGACCGAUCAUGCUCCUUUGUUGCGAAUUUUUGGGUCGAAAAGGGGCAUUCCGCACUCUAUUCAACAAAAAAAGAUAUUUUUCUAUCUAUUUUGGUUCCAAUAA